AAUUCAUUAUUCCCAACAGUCCACCACACCAGUAUAAAUAACAUCAUCAUCACAUGUAAGCAGAAAACCACAACUCACAAAAAAGUUCCCAUCCAAUGGGAGCCUCAGUCAGACUACUCACUAUUUCAAAUCGCCACCAUCUCCCCACUUCUCUCUUCCUCAAAAAACUCAAUCACAAACCCCUUCCUUUAUCACCAUCUUCACUUCCAUCUCCCUCAAAAAUUCGCCCCAACAUUUUCUUAUCACAUCGCAAUCCAUCCUACCCACUUUCAAAAACUCCCUUCACAUCUCAAUUCUUGAAUCCCUUUAUAUCAAGCAAUCGUUUUGCAUCAGGAACCCAAGAAAGAUUAUUCGAUUGGCAUUUUGCUGAUGACAAUGAAAAGGGUAGUGAAAUUGGGGUGACACCCAAAGAAGGACCAAUUGUUACGGUUGUGAUGUUGGGCUGGCUUGGGUCAGAGCCUAAGCAUUUAAGGAGGUAUAUUGAGUUGUAUAACUCUAAGGGUAUUCAUGCUGUAACGUUUGUUGCUUCUGUGAAAGAUGUUCUUUCUUUUGACUUGGGCAAGAAAUUAGAACAGAGGAUUGCUGUGUUGGCAAAUGAACUUGCUUUGUGGUUGUCGGAAUCCGACGAGGAUGGUCGUGAAAGGUGUUUGUUUUUUCACACGUUUAGCAAUACUGGAUGGCUUGCUUAUGGUGCUAUUCUUGAGAAUUUGAAAAACAGACAGGAUUUGUUGGAAAAGAUCAAAGGAUGUGUUGUUGAUUCAGGUGGUGAUCCAGUUAUAAGCCCCAAGGUCUGGGCAGCAGGAUUUACUGCAGCCAUGCUGAAGAAGCGUAGCUCUUUUGCAUAUUCUUCAGAAGAAGCUGGAGAAGGAAAUGAAGUGGGAAGUCCAUUAACCUUAGGAAAAGUUCAAAUGAAGGGAGCGAUGUUGAUGGAAAUCCUUCUUUUUGCAGCACUUGAGAAACUCUUCUCGGUUCUUCUUAGUUUGCCUGACGUUAAUGAGCGGCUGACGAAGAUACUUUCUGUCCUUGUUAACAACCAGCCUUCAUGUCCUCAACUUUAUCUUUACAGUACAGCUGACAGGGUGAUUCCAUUUCAGUCAGUUGAAACUUUUAUUGAAGAGCAGAGGAAAAGUGGAAGAGAGGUUCACGCUUUCAACUUUGGCUCUUCUCCUCAUGUAGAUCAUUACCGAACUUUCCCAGACAAUUAUGUAUCUGUAUUACAGAAAUUUCUCCAAGAAUGUAUGCUCAUACCAAACGAAGUGCACAAAGUGAAAAGCCAGCCACAUCAAUAGAUCAAAGGAUGUUGAGGGUGGUAAACCUUUCGUUGUAGUCAUUAUUGAACUGCUUUAACUGGGAUGAUGUAUGUUAGGAGUUGCAAAUUAGUCUUGUGUGAAGUGGCUUGUCAAUUGCUACUCAGGCAAUAACAUUCUGCCUGCCUUUAAAUUCAUCCAUCCUUGGAUUUAAUGUCUUUGUGAAUGCAAUUCAUCUCAAUGCAAGCGUCCAAAUUCCACCGA